CUUAACAUUUUCUCAACUUUUCCAAAAAAAUUCCUCAUUUUGCCACUUUGGAUGCUUAUAACUCGGUCAGUUUCCAAUGGAUCUUCAAUUGUAGCACAUAUUUGGAUAGAUCUGGUCAUUAGCUACCAAAAGUUAUUCUACGCCGAUGUGCUAAGUUGUCUGUGGAAAAAGUUAUUCGAGGUACAAAGACUUAACAUUUUCUCAACUUUUCCAAAAAAAUUCCUCAUUUUGCCACUUUGGAUGCUUAUAACUCGGUCAGUUUCCAAUGGAUCUUCAAUUGUAGCACAUAUUUGGAUAGAUCUGGUCAUUAGCUACCAAAAGUUAUUCUACGCCGAUGUGCUAAGUUGUCUGUGGAAAAAGUUAUUCGAGGUACAAAGACUUAACAUUUUCUCAACUUUUCCAAAAAAAUUCCUCAUUUUGCCACUUUGGAUGCUUAUAACUCGGUCAGUUUCCAAUGGAUCUUCAAUUGUAGCACAUAUUUGGAUAGAUCUGGUCAUUAGCUACCAAAAAUUAUUCUACGCCGAUGUGCUAAGUUGUCUGUGAAAAAAGUUAUUCGAGGUACAAAGACUUAACAUUUUCUCAACUUUUCCAAAAAAAUUCCUCAUUUUGCCACUUUGGAUGCUUAUAACUCGGUCAGUUUCCAAUAGAUCUUCAAUUGUAGCACAUAUUUGGAUAGAUCUGGUCAUUAGCUACCAAAAGUUAUUCUACGCCGAUGUGCUAAGUUGUCUGUGGAAAAAGUUAUUCGAGGUACAAAGACUUAACAUUUUCUCAACUUUUCCAAAAAAAUUCCUCAUUUUGCCACUUUGGAUGCUUAUAACUCGGUCAGUUUCCAAUGGAUCUUCAAUUGUAGCACAUAUUUGGAUAGAUCUGCUCAUCAGCUACCAAAAGUUAUUCUACGCCGAUGUGCUAAGUUGUCUGUGGAAAAAGUUAUUCGAGGUACAAAGACCUAAAAUUUUCUCAAUUUUUCCUAAAAAAUUCCUCAUUUUGCCACUUUGGAUGCUUAUAACUCGGUCAGUUUCCAAUGGAUCUUCAAUUGUAGCACAUAUUUGGAUAGAUCUUGUCAUUAGCUACCAAAAGUUAUUCUACGCCGAUGUGCUAAGUUGUCUGUGGAAAAAGUUAUUCGAGGUACAAAGACUUAACAUUUUCUCAAUUUUUCCUAAAAAAUUCCUCAUUUUGCCACUUUGGAUGCUUAUAACUCGGUCAGUUUCCAAUGGAUCUUCAAUUGUAGCACAUAUUUGGAUAGAUCUGGUCAUUAGCUACCAAAAGUUAUUCUACGCCGAUGUGCUAAGUUGUCUGUGAAAAAAGUUAUUCGAGGUACAAAGACUUAACAUUUUCUCAACUUUUCCAAAAAAAUUCCUCAUUUUGCCACUUUGGGUGCUUAUAACUCAGUCAGUUUCCAAUGGAUCUUCAAUUGUAGCACAUAUUUGGAUAGAUCUGGUCAUUAGCUACCAAAAGUUAUUCUACGCCGAUGUGCUAAGUUGUCUGUGGAAAAAGUUAUUCGAGGUACAAAGACUUAACAUUUUCUCAACUUUUCCAAAAAAAUUCCUCAUUUUGCCACUUUGGGUGCUUAUAUUUCGGUCAGUUUCCAAUGGAUCUUCAAUUGUAGCACAUAUUUGGAUAGAUCUGGUCAUUAGCUACCAAAAGUUAUUCUACGCCGAUGUGCUAAGUUGUCUGUGAAAAAAGUUAUUCGAGGUACAAAGACUUAACAAUUUCUCAACUUUUCCAAAAAAAUUCCUCAUUUUGCCACUUUGGAUGCUUAUAACUCGGUCAGUUUCCAAUGGAUCUUCAAUUGUAGCACAUAUUUGGAUAGAUCUGGUCAUUAACUACCAAAAGUUAUUCUACGCCGAUGUGCUAAGUUGUCUGUGGAAAAAGUUAUUCGAGGUACAAAGACUUAACAUUUUCUCAACUUUUCCAAAAAAAUUCCUCAUUUUGCCACUUUGGAUGCUUAUAACUCGGUCAGUUUCCAAUGGAUCUUCAAAUGUAGCAUAUAUUUGGAUAGAUCUGGUCAUUAACUACCAAAAGUUAUUCUACGCCGAUGUGCUAAGUUGUCUGUGGACAAAGUUAUUCGAGGUACAAAGACUUAACAUUUUCUCAACUUUUCCAAAAAAAUUCCUCAUUUUGCCACUUUGGAUGCUUAUAACUCGGUCAGUUUCCAAUGGAUCUUCAAUUGUAGCACAUAUUUGGAUAGAUCUGGUCAUUAGCUACCAAAAGUUAUUCUACGCCGAUGCGCUAAGUUGUCUGUGGAAAAAGUUAUUCGAGGUACAAAGACUUAACAUUUUCUCAACUUUUCCAAAAAAAUUCCUCAUUUUGCCACUUUGGAUGCUUAUAACUCGGUCAGUUUCCAAUGGAUCUUCAAUUGUAGCACAUAUUUGGAUAGAUCUGGUCAUUAGCUACCAAAAGUUAUUCUACGCCGAUGUGCUAAGUUGUCUGUGGAAAAAGUUAUUCGAGGUACAAAGACUUAACAUUUUCUCAACUUUUCCAAAAAAAUUCCUCAUUUUGCCACUUUGGAUGCUUAUAACUCGGUCAGUUUCCAAUGGAUCUUCAAUUGUAGCACAUAUUUGGAUAGAUCUGGUCAUUAGCUACCAAAAGUUAUUCUACGCCGAUGUGCUAAGUUGUCUGUGGAAAAAGUUAUUCGAGGUACAAAGACUUAACAUUUUCUCAACUUUUCCAAAAAAAUUCCUCAUUUUGCCACUUUGGAUGCUUAUAACUCGGUCAGUUUCCAAUGGAUCUUCAAUUGUAACACAGAUUUGGAAAGAUCUGCUCAUCAGCUACCAAAAGUUAUUCUACGCCGAUGUGCUAAAUUGUCUGUGGAAAAAGUUAUUCGAGGUACAAAGACUUAACAUUUUCUCAAUUUUUCCUAAAAAAUUCCUCAUUUUGCCACUUUGGAUGCUUAUAACUCGGUCAGUUUCCAAUGGAUCUUCAAUUGUAGCACAUAUUUGGAUAGAUCUGGUCAUUAGCUACCAAAAGUUAUUCUACGCCGAUGUGCUAAGUUGUCUGUGAAAAAAGUUAUUCGAGGUACAAAGACUUAACAUUUUCUCAACUUUUCCAAAAAAAUUCCUCAUUUUGCCACUUUGGGUGCUUAUAACUCAGUCAGUUUCCAAUGGAUCUUCAAUUGUAGCACAUAUUUGGAUAGAUCUGGUCAUUAGCUACCAAAAGUUAUUCUACGCCGAUGUGCUAAGUUGUCUGUGGAAAAAGUUAUUCGAGGUACAAAGACUUAACAUUUUCUCAACUUUUCCAAAAAAAUUCCUCAUUUUGCCACUUUGGGUGCUUAUAUUUCGGUCAGUUUCCAAUGGAUCUUCAAUUGUAGCACAUAUUUGGAUAGAUCUGGUCAUUAGCUACCAAAAGUUAUUCUACGCCGAUGUGCUAAGUUGUCUGUGAAAAAAGUUAUUCGAGGUACAAAGACUUAACAAUUUCUCAACUUUUCCAAAAAAAUUCCUCAUUUUGCCACUUUGGAUGCUUAUAACUCGGUCAGUUUCCAAUGGAUCUUCAAUUGUAGCACAUAUUUGGAUAGAUCUGGUCAUUAACUACCAAAAGUUAUUCUACGCCGAUGUGCUAAGUUGUCUGUGGAAAAAGUUAUUCGAGGUACAAAGACUUAACAUUUUCUCAACUUUUCCAAAAAAAUUCCUCAUUUUGCCACUUUGGAUGCUUAUAACUCGGUCAGUUUCCAAUGGAUCUUCAAAUGUAGCAUAUAUUUGGAUAGAUCUGGUCAUUAACUACCAAAAGUUAUUCUACGCCGAUGUGCUAAGUUGUCUGUGGACAAAGUUAUUCGAGGUACAAAGACUUAACAUUUUCUCAACUUUUCCAAAAAAAUUCCUCAUUUUGCCACUUUGGAUGCUUAUAACUCGGUCAGUUUCCAAUGGAUCUUCAAUUGUAGCACAUAUUUGGAUAGAUCUGGUCAUUAGCUACCAAAAGUUAUUCUACGCCGAUGCGCUAAGUUGUCUGUGGAAAAAGUUAUUCGAGGUACAAAGACUUAACAUUUUCUCAACUUUUCCAAAAAAUUCCUCAUUUUGCCACUUUGGAUGCUUAUAACUCGGUCAGUUUCCAAUGUAUCUUCAAUUGUAGCACAUAUUUGGAUAGAUCUGGUCAUUAGCUACCAAAAGUUAUUCUACGCCGAUGUGCUAAGUUGUCUGUGGAAAAAGUUAUUCGAGGUACAAAGACUUAACAUUUUCUCAACUUUUCCAAAAAAACUCCUCAUUUUGCCACUUUGGAUGCUUAUAACUCGGUCAGUUUCCAAUGGAUCUUCAAUUAUAGCACAUAUUUGGAUAGAUCUGGUCAUUAGCUACCAAAAGUUAUUCUACGCCGAUGUGCUUAGUUGUCUGUGGAAAAAGUUAUUCGAGGUACAAAGACUUAACAUUUUCUCAAUUUUUCUAAAAAAAUUCCUCAUUUUGCCACUUUGGAUGCUUAUAACUCGGUCAGUUUCCAAUGGAUCUUCAAUUGUAGCACAUAUUUGGAUAGAUCUGGUCAUUAGCUACCAAAAGUUAUUCUACGCCGAUGUGCUAAGUUGUCUGUGGAAAAAGUUAUUCGAGGUACAAAGACUUAACAUUUUCUCAACUUUUCCAAAAAAAUUCCUCAUUUUGCCACUUUGGAUGCUUAUAACUCGGACAGUUUCCAAUGGAUCUUCAAUUGUAGCACAUAUUUGGAUAGAUCUGGUCAUUAGCUACCAAAAGUUAUUCUACGCCGAUGUGCUAAGUUGUCUGUGGAAAAAGUUAUUUGAGGUACAAAGACUUAACAUUUUCUCAAUUUUUCUAAAAAAAUUCCUCAUUUUGCCACUUUGGAUGCUUAUAACUCGGUCAGUUUCCAAUGGAUCUUCAAUUGUAGCACAUAUUUGGAUAGAUCUGGUCAUUAGCUACCAAAAGUUAUUCUACGCUGAUGUGCUAAGUUGUCUGUGGAAAAAGUUAUUCGAGGUACAAAGUCUUAACAUUUUCUCAACUUUUCCAAAAAAUUCCUCAUUUUGCCACUUUGGAUGCUUAUAACUCGGUCAGUUUCCAAUGGAUCUUCAAUUGUAGCACAUAUUUGGAUAGAUCUGGUCAUUAGCUACCAAAAGUUAUUCUACGCCGAUGUGCUAAGUUGUCUGUGGAAAAAGUUAUUCGAGGUACAAAGACUUAACAUUUUCUCAACUUUUCCAAAAAAAUUCCUCAUUUUGCCACUUUGGAUGCUUAUAACUCGGUCAGUUUCCAAUGGAUCUUCAAUUGUAGCACAUAUUUGGAUAGAUCUGGUCAUUAGCUACCAAAAGUUAUUCUACGCCGAUGUGCUAAGUUGUCUGUGGAAAAAGUUAUUCGAGGUACAAAGACUUAACAUUUUCUCAACUUUUCCAAAAAAAUUCCUCAUUUUGCCACUUUGGAUGCUUAUAACUCGGUCAGUUUCCAAUGGAUCUUCAAUUGUAGCACAUAUUUGGAUAGAUCUGGUCAUUAGCUACCAAAAGUUAUUCUACGCCGAUGUGCUAAGUUGUCUGUGGAAAAAGU